AUGUUAGACCACAAAACUCAUUACCAGAAUGAUCGCAAAUCUAUUCAAAUUCCACACAAAACAUAUUUGGGAAUAUUAGUUGUUUUCACUAUCAUCUUCUGCUUCUUCUCAUAUUCACCUAUUCCCAGAAGCUCUAGGAACAUCACGCAAAAGUUUAAUUCAACGAAUUAUGAAAUUCCAUCAGAAAGAAUAGGGAUAGCAGCAGUUAUCACAAAUGAUACUAAUAUUCAAGCUUAUGAAAUUGCAUUGAAGAGUGUAGAAUGCUACGCAAAAGUGCAAGGAUAUUCCUUCAUAUUGGCAAGAGAUUCGGAGUAUAAAUGCCAGAAUAAAGAUAAAUUCUUCCGCCGUCACUGCGUCGUUUCCAAAAUCCUUUCCAACUACAGUACCCUUUUGUUUUUGGAUGCUGAUAUUGGAGUGGUGAAUCCGAAAAAACGAAUCGAAGAGUAUCUAGAUGAUAAUAUUGAUAUAACAUUUUACGACCGUCAUUUCAAUUUUGAAGUUGCGAUGGGAUCCUACAUACUCAAAAAUACUCCAUAUGCAAAACAGUUUUUUGAAGAGUUUGCUGCAUAUGAAAGCAAGCUUCCCAAUAGUGUUCACGGGACAGACAACGGAGCUCUGCAUGGAACAGGGUGGGUUAGAGAUGCAUGGUUGACAAGUGGAGUUUGGAGUCCCGAUAGAGAUUUUAUGCUUCAUGGAUGGAAGACUAAGGAGCUGACAGUGACACCAACUGGAGCCAUUAAGGCAACGGAAAUGAGUUGGUCCAAGUGGUACAAUCCGUUUUCAGGAGAAAUUGAGCUGGCGAAGUGCUUUAUAGGAAAUACAACUUGGUCAUACAAUGUGAAGUUGAUUCAAGACAAACAAUCGGUAGACGCUGGACUGAUGGAGUAUGAGAAAAAAGUUUCGUACAACAGAAUCCGACAAAUGGGUAAAAUAUUUGAAUUGAUGAAUAGAGAGACUUGA